AUGACAGUUGCCCGCAUUCUUGCUAUACACUUUUGCAAACUAUCAUACGGGUACGAAGCUCUCCUGGCUGGAAAUACGGCAGAUCAACCUGCAGCCCAGAAGUGGGUCAAAGAACACUAUGGCAGACCACAGUCAGAGAUCUUCGGAGAGAAGGUUGGGAAGAGCAGUCACAUUCGUGCAUGGAUUCGAGGUGAGUUGUCUGCAGACAACUACGAAGUCUCAAUUACAAACUGGUCGCUGAAGGCACGUUGGUAUCGCAUUGCUCCUGCCGGCCCAGAGACCGGUCCAGACCGCGCAAUCCGCCUUGCAAACGCUGAAAUGUACGAAGCCGCUGUAGAAACACUUCAGGGCCAGAUACGCACAGCCUAUGUCGAGGCGCAUAAGUCCGCGUUGACAACUGCCUCUUUAACUUGA